AUGGACAUCCGGUCAUUCAUUAGUAACUUCGGAAUAUCGGAAGCGACAUCCGACGACGCAGAAAUCGCCAUGAAUAAUUUGCCAGCGUCCGACAGUGUUCCGUCGUCACUUGCAGAGCUGAAUUCUGCAAUGGAUAUCGAUAGGGAGCUAAUUUUAAAUGAUUUGGAGAGUGCAGUUAUGCCAGCUCAACCCACGGACUAUUCUUUCGUGGAUGAGUUCCUAAGCAAUAUCGGAAGAUCGGAAGCGACGCCCGUCAGCACCUUCACAAAUUUGCCAGCACCCGACAGUGUACCGUCGUCAACUACAGAUCUGCAUUAUGAUAUAAAAGGAGCAAUUUUAGACGAUUUGGAAAGUGCAGUAAUGUUAUCUCAAGCCACGAACGAUUCAUGCCUGCUCGAUGGAUUCAAUAUCUCAUUACUGGAUGGAACGCCGUCGCCGUCGGAAACCACAAGCACCAUGGUAACCAUUCCGCAACAAAUCCCCGUUGCACAUCCAGCACCGGACAACGCCCAGGUUUUACAAGAAGGUGCACAGCGUAAGCCAAACCAGCGUUUCAAAAAGAUACAUUAUGGCACUAAUAUAUUUUGCAAUAUAUGCGGUAGAGAGUUCGGCCGGAAAGGUAGUUAUACCCAGCACAUGAAUGCUUCGCAUCGAUCGAUGGGUGAUCGAUCCCACAAAUGUGACAUUUGUGGGAAACGCUUCCCGAGUCAGCCGAAACUAGCUGCUCACGAAAAAAAUCACAAUUCGGAGUUUAAGCGAUUCUCCUGCACGCACUGUACUAACAAUGGUAUCGAGAAGCGCUUCAAACAUCGCAAGGAUCUUGAGCGACACGUGGCCAUGAGACAUGAAAAGCAGCCAUAUGCUUGUGACCAGUGCGGAAAAGGUUUCGUCCGCAACGAUCACAUGAAGCAACACAAGCAAGUCCACAAGGAGCAGGGUACAACUGUGCUGAAACGUGGCCGACGUCCUGGGAAAAGCACGCCAAAAGCCUGCUCCACGGUCGAUAUUAUCAUACGCAGCUUUGAAAUUGAUGUUCAGCAACCUCCGGAUAAAACCAACAUGACCAACUUCAACUCCAACCCGGGCUACUGGUGCGAUUCACUACUGUGA